UUUUGUCUAACUUUGCUGGUGUAGGGUGCACUGGUGUAAUUAUUUUGGAGCCCUCUCCCCACCCCCAGUGCUUUGGUCUAGUGAGUAAAGGCUGUGGGUUGCGAGAGUUCCCUUCUCAAGCACAUGCGACAGGAGGAGGAGGGGGUGGCUGGGUGUGUGUUAGGGGGGUGAGGCUGUUUUGAAUGGCCAGGGAGGGAAGACAGAACAAUCAAAGGAGAGCAAUACUAGCUACCCCCCUCGCAGGCAGAUCCUGCUGUAUUCGUCGCUCCUCGUCUAUUGGACCGGGUACAGUUUCAACGGACCAUCCUUCCUCUGGACCGGAUAAACUCUCUAACUGGAUAUUUUUUCUUCUGUGCAAACAAAGUAAAUGUGGUGGAGAAGGAAGGAGGGGAUUGACUGACCAAAAAAACCCCCAGAAAGCCAAGUGGAUCCUUCUUUUUUUUCCCUCCAUUUUUUUUUUGCCAUUGUUUUUGUGGGGUUCUGGGAGGUCGUAAGGAAUCUAUUCAAAGUUCCCGUUUUGGACAGGGAACAUGGAUGUUGAUUGGGCUACAGGGGCUCAAGAGAGUCUGUACCCAGGCCCAGACACUGGCUACCAAGCCCAGGUCCCUUUCAACUACAACCAGUUAGAGGGGCGUUUCAAACAGCUGCAAGAUGAACGUGAAGCAGUGCAGAAGAAGACCUUUACCAAAUGGGUGAACUCUCACCUGGCCCGCGUCUCCUGCAGGAUCACUGACCUGUAUAUGGAUCUGCGGGAUGGACGCAUGCUCAUCAAACUGCUGGAAGUGCUCUCUGGAGAGAGACUGCCUAAGCCUACAAAGGGCCGAAUGCGCAUUCACUGCCUGGAGAAUGUGGACAAAGCCCUGCAGUUCCUCAAGGAACAGCGAGUUCACCUGGAGAACAUGGGCUCCCAUGACAUCGUCGACGGAAACCACCGCCUCACACUCGGGCUCAUCUGGACUAUCAUUCUGCGUUUCCAGAUCCAGGAUAUCAGCGUAGAGACAGAGGACAAUAAGGAGAAGCGUUCAGCUAAGGAUGCCCUGCUUCUGUGGUGCCAGAUGAAGACAGCAGGCUAUCCGAAUGUCAACAUCCACAACUUUACCACCAGUUGGCGAGAUGGAAUGGCUUUCAAUGCCCUCAUUCACAAGCACAGGCCAGAUCUCAUUGACUUUGACAAGCUGAAGAAGUCCAAUGCCCAUUACAACCUGCAGAAUGCCUUCAACCUAGCCGAGCAACACCUGGGUCUGACCAAGCUUUUGGACCCAGAAGAUAUCAGCGUUGACCAUCCAGAUGAGAAGUCUGUCAUCACUUAUGUGGUCACAUACUAUCACUACUUCUCCAAAAUGAAGGCCCUGAAGGUGGAGGGCAAGCGUAUUGGAAAAGUGCUUGACAAUGCCAUUGAGACAGAGAAGAUGAUUGAAAAAUACGAGUCACUGGCCUCUGACCUCCUGGAGUGGAUUGAGCAGACCAUCAUCAUUCUCAACAAUCGCAAGUUUGCAAACUCACUGGUAGGGGUGCAGCAGCAACUUCAGGCCUUCAACACCUACCGUACGGUGGAGAAACCCCCCAAGUUCACUGAGAAGGGCAACCUUGAAGUACUUCUCUUCACCAUCCAGAGCAAGAUGAGAGCCAACAACCAGAAAGUCUACAUGCCUAGAGAGGGCAAACUAAUCUCUGACAUCAACAAGGCGUGGGAGAGGCUGGAGAAGGCAGAACAUGAACGGGAGUUGGCUCUGAGGACAGAACUAAUACGUCAGGAGAAGCUGGAGCAGCUGGCACGCCGAUUUGACCGUAAAGCUGCCAUGAGGGAAACAUGGCUGAGUGAAAACCAACGGCUGGUCUCACAGGAUAACUUUGGCUUUGACCUGCAGGCUGUGGAGGCUGCCACCAAGAAACACGAGGCCAUCGAGACCGACAUUGCAGCGUACGAGGAGCGCGUGCAGGCCGUGGUGGCUGUGGCUAGGGAGCUGGAGGCAGAGAACUAUCACGACAUCAAACGGAUCGUGGCACGUAAAGACAACGUCCUGCGGCUGUGGGAGUACCUGUUAGAGCUGCUGAAAGCUCGCAGGCAGAGGCUGGAGAUGAACCUCGGCCUGCAGAGAGUCUUCCAGGAGAUGCUUUAUAUCAUGGACUGGAUGGAUGAAAUGAAGAUGCUGCUGCUGUCUCAGGACUAUGGGAAACACCUCCUGGGUGUGGAGGACCUGCUCCAGAAACACGCUCUGGUGGAAGCUGACAUUGCCAUCCAGGCUGAUCGCGUCCGAGCCGUCAACGCCAGUGCCCAGAAGUUUGCAGCUGAUGACGAGAGCUAUAAGCCAUGUGACCCUCAGGUGAUCCUUGAUCGUGUGGCCCAUAUGGAAUUCUGCUACCAGGAGCUGACCCAGCUGGCUGCUGAACGUAGGGCCCGUCUGGAGGAAUCUCGCCGCCUUUGGAAGUUCUUCUGGGAGAUGGCUGAAGAGGAGGGCUGGAUCCGGGAAAAGGAACAGAUCUUGUCCUCAGAUGAUUGUGGUAAGGACCUGACUGGUGCCGUGCGUCUUCUGAGCCAGCACCGUGCUCUGGAGGAUGAGAUGAGCGGCCGGGCUGGGCAUCUCCAGCACACUGUGAGAGAGGGCCAGGCCAUGGUAGACGCCGGCCACUUUGGUGAGGCCAAAAUCCGUGAGCGUAUUGCCGACGUCCAAGCCCAGUGGGCUGCGCUGGAGCAGCUGGCCGCUGUGAGGAAAGCCCGCUUGGAGGAGGCCUGCAACCUGCACCAGUUCCAGGCAGACGCUGAUGACGUGGAUGCUUGGACACUGGAUGCUCUGCGUAUUGUGUCCAGCAGCGAUGUAGGCCAUGAUGAGUUCUCCACCCAAGCUCUGGUGAAGAAGCAUAAGGAUGCGGCGGCUGAGGUGGCCAGCUACAGGUCAGUGAUUGACGCUCUCCAUGAGCAAGCCCAGGCGCUGCCCCCAGCACAGGCAGAGUCAGAAAAUGUGAGUGGGCGUCUAGCGGGCAUAGAGGAACGCUAUAAGGAGGUUGCAGAGCUGACCAGGCUGAGGAAACAAGCCUUGCAGGAUGCCCUGGCCCUGUAUAAGAUGUCCAGCGAGGCAGAUGCCUGCGAAGUGUGGAUUGAUGAGAAGGAGCAGUGGCUCAACAACAUGCAGAUCCCUGAGAAACUGGAGGACCUGGAGGUCAUUCAGCAUAGGUUUGAGAGUCUGGAGCCAGAGAUGAAUAAUCAAGCCUCACGUGUUGCCGUGGUGAACCAGAUUGCCAGGCAGUUAAUUCACAAUGGACACCCAAGUGAGAAGGACAUCAAAGCCCAGCAAGACAAGCUCAACACUAGAUGGAGUCAGUUCCGUGACCUGGUGGACCAAAAGAAGGAAUCCCUUAACUCAGCUCUGGGUGUGCAGAACUACCAUCUGGACUGCAAUGAAACCAAGUCCUGGAUCCGUGAGAAGACCAAGGUGAUUGAGUCCACUCAAGAGCUGGGCAAUGAUCUGACAGGUGUGAUGGCGCUCCAGCGCAAGUUGACCGGUAUGGAGCGUGACCUGGCUGCUAUCGAAGACAAACUGGGUGACCUGCGUGGUGAGGCGGAGCGUCUGGCUGGUGAACACCCCGACCAGGCCAAAGCCAUCACGGGCCGUCUGGAGGAAAUCAACGCUGUGUGGGAGGAUAUGAAAGCCACGCUGCGUAAUCGCGAGGCCUCACUGGGCGAAGCCAGCAAACUACAGCAAUUCCUACGUGAACUGGAUGACUUCCAGUCCUGGCUGUCUCGCACGCAGACGGCUAUUGCCUCCGAGGACAUGCCCAACACCCUGGCUGAAGCUGAAAAGUUGCUUGCACAGCACGAAGGUAUCAAGAAUGAGAUUGACAACUACGAGGAAGACUACCAGAAGAUGAGGGACAUGGGCGAGAUGGUGACGCAGGGCCAGACGGACGCUCAGUACAUGUUCCUCAGGCAGAGGCUGCAGGCCCUUGACACUGGAUGGAAUGAACUUCACAAGAUGUGGGAGAACAGGCAGAACCUCCUGUCCCAGUCACACGCCUAUCAGCUCUUCCUCAGAGACACCAAGCAGGCAGAAGCUUUCCUCAACAACCAGGAAUACGUACUGGCUCAUACUGAAAUGCCGACUACAUUAGAAGGAGCAGAAGCUGCCAUUAAGAAGCAAGAGGACUUCAUGACCACCAUGGAUGCCAAUGAAGAGAAGAUCAAUGGUGUGGUGGAGGCUGGCAGAAGACUGGCCAGUGAUGGCAAUAUCAACGCAGACCGCAUUCAGGAAAGGGCAGCCUCCAUUGAUGAAAGGCAUAAGAAGAACCGGGAGGCGGCUGUGGAGCUGCUAAUGAGGCUGAAGGAUAACCGUGAUCUGCAGAAGUUCCUGCAGGACUGCCAAGAGCUGUCACUCUGGAUCAACGAGAAGAUGCUGACAGCUCAAGAUAUGUCUUACGAUGAAGCCAGGAACCUCCACAGCAAGUGGCUCAAACACCAGGCCUUCAUGGCUGAGCUGCAGUCCAACAAGGAGUGGCUGGACAAGAUUGAAAAGGAUGGGAUGCAGUUGGUGGCGGAGAAGCCGGAGACUGAGGCAGUGGUGAAGGAAAAAAUGGCUUCGUUACAUAAGAUGUGGGAUGACCUGGAGUCCACCACUCAGACCAAAGCUCAGUGCCUGUUUGAUGCCAACAAGGCCGAGCUUUUCACACAGUCCUGCGCCGACCUGGACAAGUGGCUGGCCGGACUGGAGGGCCAGAUUCAAUCAGACGACUAUGGCAAAGACCUGACCAGCGUCAACAUUCUGCUGAAGAAACAGCAGAUGUUGGAAAACCAGGUGGAGGUACGUAAGCGAGAGGUGGAGGAACUGCAAUCCCAGGCCACUGUGCUUCGUCAGGAGGGUAAAGACACAGAUGAGGUGGAUGGUAGGAGGCAAGUUGUGGAACAGAAGUUCCAGGAGCUUCUGGAUCCGCUCGUGAAGAGGAAGAAUUACCUUAUGGCUUCCCGUGAGAUUCAUCAGUUCAACCGUGACGUGGAAGAUGAAAUUCUUUGGGUUGAGGAGAGAAUGCCGCUUGCAACUUCAACAGACCAUGGCCACAAUCUACAGACUGUUCAACUUCUCAUUAAGAAAAACCAGACCCUACAGAAGGAAAUCCAGGGCCACCAGCCACGCUGUGAUGACAUCUUUGAGCGUAGUCAGAGCAUCCUGAAGGAGGACAGCCCUAAUGUGGAUGUCAUCAGGCAGCGCGUGAACGACCUGCAGCAGCUCUGGAACCUGAUGAUCGAGGAGACGGAGAAGCGCCACACCCGUUUGGAAGAGGCCCAUAAGGCCCAGCAGUAUUACUUUGACGCAGCGGAAGCUGAGGCCUGGAUGAGCGAACAGGAGCUCUACAUGAUGUCAGAGGAGAAGGCAAAAGAUGAGCAGAGUUCUGUGACCAUGCUGAAGAAACACCAGAUCCUGGAGCAGGCAGUGGAGGACUACGCUGAGACUGUCCAUCAGCUGUCCAAAACCAGCAGAGGUCUGGUGGCUGCCAAUCACCCAGAGAGUGAGAGGAUAGGCAUGCGUCAGUCUCAGGUGGAUAAGCUGUAUGCGGGGCUGAAGGACCUGUCUGAGGAGCGGAGGGGAAAACUGGAUGAGAGGUGUCGUCUGUUCCAGCUGAACCGAGAGGUGGACGACCUGGAGCAGUGGAUUGCAGAGAGAGAGGUGGUGGCUGGAUCUCAUGAACUUGGCCAGGACUAUGAACAUGUAACAAUGCUCCAAGAGCGUUUCCGGGAAUUCGCCCGUGACACGGGUAACAUCGGUCAAGAGCGUGUGGAUUCCGUAAACCGUAUGGCAGAUGAACUCAUUAAUGCGGGCCACGCUGAUGCAGCGACGGUUGCCGAGUGGAAGGACGGCCUGAACGAAGCGUGGGCGGACCUGCUCGAGUUGAUUGACACUCGCACUCAGAUUCUCGCCGCGUCCUAUGAACUUCACAAGUUCUAUCAUGACGCCAAAGAGAUUCUGAGCCGUAUCCUGGACAAGCAUAAGAAGCUUCCGGAAGAGUUGGGCCGAGACCAAAACACAGUGGAGACGCUCCAGAGAAUGCACACUACCUUUGAGCAUGAUAUCCAGGCACUAGGCACACAGGUGAAGCAGCUGCAGGAGGAUGCUGUUCGCCUGCAGUCAGCGUAUGCUGGGGACAAGGCCGAUGACAUCCAGCGGAGAGAGAGCGAGGUUCUGGAGGCUUGGAAGAGCCUGCUGGAGGCCUGCGAGGGUCGCAGGGUCCGUUUGCUCGACACCGGCGAUAAGUUCCGCUUCUUUAGCAUGGUCCGAGACCUCAUGCUGUGGAUGGAGGACGUCAUCCGCCUCAUCGAGGCCCAGGAGAAACCCAGAGAUGUGUCCUCUGUGGAGUUGCUCAUGAACAACCAUCAGGGCAUCAAAGCAGAGAUUGAUGCCCGCAAUGACAGCUUCACAGCCUGCAUCGAGCUUGGCAAGUCUCUGUUGGCACGGAAACAUUAUGCAUCAGAGGAGAUCAAGGAAAAGUUGCUACAGUUGACGGACAAGAGGAAAGACAUGAUUGACAAAUGGGAGGACAGAUGGGAGUGGCUAAGACUGAUUCUGGAAGUGCACCAAUUUUCGAGGGAUGCGGGGGUGGCAGAGGCAUGGUUGCUGGGACAGGAGCCUUACCUGUCCAGCAGAGAGAUGGGUCAGAGUGUGGACGAAGUGGAGAAGCUGAUCAAAAGGCACGAGGCUUUCGAGAAGUCGGCCGCUACAUGGGAGGAACGCUUCUCAGCGCUGGAGCGGUUGACGACGUUGGAGUUAUUGGAAGUGAGAAGACAGCAAGAGGAGGAAGAAAGGAAGAGGAAACCCCCGACGCCAGAGCCUUUACAGGCAACAGAGUCGGACUCACAGCCGAGGGAAGGAGAGCAGAUUGCCCAGAACGGACUACCCUCAGACCAAGACUCUCCUCGGGAUGCUGUGGAUGGAGGAGAGGAGAUCGUGAACGGGGUGGCUGAGAGGAGUUCCAAGGAGCCCAGUCCCAUCCCGUCUCCCACAUCAGGGAGGCGAGGGAAGGGCAGCCAAUCAUCCACACUGCCAGCCAAGGGCCAGGAGAGUCCCUCUGCCCAGCUGGAGGGCUUUCUGCAUCGCAAGCACGAGUGGGAGGGCCAUAACAAGAAAGCCUCCAGCAGGUCUUGGCAUAAUGUGUACUGCGUUAUCAAUGGUCAGGAGAUGGGCUUCUACAAAGACAAUAAGAAUGCUAGUCAGGGCAUUCCAUACCACAACGAGAUUCCCAUCAGCCUGAAGGAUGCUGUGUGCGAGGUGGCCGUCGACUACAAGAAGAAGAAGCAUGUCUUCAAACUCAAAGUGACGGAUGGAAAUGAAUAUCUGUUCCAAGCCAAAGAUGAUGAGGAGAUGAACACGUGGAUCCAGGCCAUUCAGAAUGCAGGUUCAGGCUCCUCUUCCUCCGAAAAGUCUGAGAUUACGCCCAGCAACCAGAGCACUCCUGCCUCCAGCCGUGCCCAAACCCUGCCCGCCACUGUUACCCUGACAACCGAGUCCAGCCCAGGCAAGCGUGAGAAAGACAAGGAGAAGGAAAAAGAAAAACGUUUCAGCCUCUUCAGCAAGAAGAAGCAGUAAAAGCCUGUUCCCGUCACAAUGAAGACAUUCUGUUCUCUUUUCCUUCCUUUAUUUUGUGUUUUUUUUUUCCCUUCUUAUGUUUCCAUUUGUGUCUGUCCACCUCCAGUGAUAUUCCAGCAUGCAAGCUCAAGAACUAGAACACCAUAUUUUGUGCCUAAAGUCCCACCAAUUUGGUUCCAAAGUUGUAUUAAAAUAUGUGAAUGAAAAAAAAAAAUUAAGGUUUAACAUGAUCAUUUUUAGCUAGGGUGUGUCAUGUUUUGGAAAGUCGUUUUGAAUCAAGGACCAGGUAAUUUUUUUAUGCUGUUCUGUUUUUAUUGUCAUUGAUUUUUAAAAUUUGUUAUUAUUGAUUAUUGAAUAUCUCUCUUUUUUGUAACUGUGUCACUGAAGGGGUCUGGAUAUUUAAAAAAAACAUUUCCUCAAUUUUGUGAGGCUGUCUUGGAGAAGUAACUUGUAUUCUCUCUUAACUGUUGGGGAGCGAGACAGCAAUGCUUUGAGACUAUUCCAUUUUGUGUCUGCCUGAAAGUGGACAGGACCAUGAAAUUCCAGAGCAACAACUCAUCUUAAAAUUCCAUUUACAAGCAUAGUUAUAUCCAGUCUAACUAAUAAUAUUUUAACAAUCAUAGGCUCUAAAAUGAUAGAACAUAUUUGCUAAUAUGAAGAAUAAGCACUCGUUUGCUUGGUGGCAUGAUUAUCUUGUUUUAGCUAAUUAAAACAUGGUGGGUCUGACCAUAUUUGGACCUGUAAGAAUGUUUGCUACACACUAAGGACUAGAAAACCCUAGUAAAUUUAACAUUUUGUUUGCUUUAAUUUUUUUUUCUUGUUUUGUUUGUUUUGUUUAUUGUCAUUACUUUUGAGUUGCAUCAUAAUAUAUGUUCCAAAUAAUUCUAGUACAGAGUAUAAAAACUAGUAUUGUAUUAUAAACACUCUAAAGCAUCAUUGUUAAGUGGAAAGUGGAAUUAAAGCAUUUACUGGAAAAAGGAAAUGUUACUCCAAAAAAGAAAAAAAAAAAAAGAAAAGAAAACGGUUGCUUGCUUGUUGGCUAUAGCACUGCGCGUUAUCAUUUUUUGCUACAUUAUCCAGCUAUUUGAUACAUAGUGUGCAUUUCUCUGUCACUGUAUCUAUUGUAAUGAAAAAAAUCUCAUCUACUGCACAAUCAAAAAACAACAUGAUAGGAAUGAAACCCUUUCCGAAGUCAGGGCUUUUGGGCAUA